AUGGCGAUGGUGAUCAAUGAAGGUGAGUUCGUCGGAGAAGAUGAAAUAAGUUGUCUACCAACCGACCUCAUUUUAUGCAUUCUGGAAAAACUCUUGGGUUCCAAACCCUCUGCAAAAUCUCUCUGUCAACUCUCUUUAAUCUCUAAGAGAUUCUACUCUGUCAUUCUCCGAAGUCCUGUUUUCCUUCAUGUUCCCAAAUGGAAUCCAUCUCCAAUCCACCCUAAUCUCCCUCUCUCUCAAAGGCCAAAAAAUUCCUUCUGUGAUGUCACCUACCGUUACCUUACCAAAGGGUUAGCAAACUGCAUGGAGCACUCACAACUCAUUCCGAUGCUUACCUUCCUCAGGAAAUUAAGCUGGAUACAUUCUUUGUUCAUUGAAGUAGAAACCGCUAAACCCAGAUUCGGUAUGUACCAUGUUAUCAGUUGGAAUGCGGUGUUCAAAGACGGAAGACCUUUUUUGGUUUUAUUUUGCUUUGCGAAUGCGGCUGAUGAUGCGGAGCCUGGAGAAGUUGAUGAGGAGGAGGAGGAAGGGGAGGAAGAAUUUGUUGUAGUUGAUUCCAAGAUGUAUGUUGCUGGUUUUUUCUUGGUGGACGUUUUCUUUCGGCUUGCAGUUUUGCGAAAUGCACUUGCUGUUUAUCCAAAGCUCAGACAAGUUGAGAUUGGAGAUACCCGAGAUGUGGGUAGAAUAGUUGUUGGGGAAGAGGAGAUUGUUGCGAUAAGGGGCUUUGAAGGCGAUUUUGAUUUUUACGUUAAAUCAUGGUAUGAGCAGGCAAUUCAAGUACAAUUGCCAAGUGAGGUAGGUCAUGAUACGAGGGUGGUGGUGUUGAGGGAGGUGACACUACUCAUGCUCGUACCUGAAGAUCAUGAGGACGAUUAUGAGUCUAUAGGUCGACGUGCUUUUGAAGUGCAAGACAGAUAUAAUCAACCCCAUGACACAGAUGUUGAUGAAUGA